CAACCAGAACAUCCCACCGCGUUCACAGGUGUCCGCAACAGCCGAAAUCGAAAGCGAAACGAGGAGCGACAAUCGCAACGUCACUUCCCUUUAUCGAACUUAUCGCGUCGCCCUCCGCGUGACGUCACCUGCCGGGUCGCGUAUAAAGCGCCCCCACCCCGCGUCUCGGCCAAUCAUCGCGCCGCUGUCAGUCUGUGCGACGCUCCCUCGGUCCGCUGCUGUGCGCCAUUUUGCGGUCCGGUUCGUCGUCCUCCCAUCGAAAUUCUUUCAGCCAUGACGAGCCCGAGCGAGACCGAAAACGCGACGGCGCCCGCCACCAAGACGGACAAGCCCGCUGAGACUCCGACCACACCGGCGGCCGCGGCAAGCCCGACGUCGGACGCCGCAGCGACCGCUACAACCACCACCACCACCACGGCGUCGGCGAACAACAAGCCCACGGUCCACAAGACGGAUUACGAGAAGGAUGUGGUCUAUCUGUACCAGUUCACCCGCUGCCCGACGCUGCCCGGAAUCUCGCCCUUCUGCCUCAAAGUGGAAACUUGGCUGCGCAUGAACCAAGUGAAGUAUGAGAAUGUCGACCACAAGCUGAAGUUCAAAUCCAAGAAGGGGCAGCUCCCAUUUGUAGAGCUGAACGGGGAGGAGAUAGCAGACAGCGACAUCAUCAUCAGACAGCUGAGCCAGACUUUUGGCAAGGACCUGGACACCGGGCUGAGCCAGGAGGAGCGCAACAUCGCACAUGCCUUCUCCUCAAUGCUCAACAACCACACGGGCUGGGUAGCCCGCUGCUGGCGCUACCGCCACCCGGGCCAGUUUCUCAAGGCUGCCCAAAUGGAUGUCAAGCGCAUGCUCAACUCCAAGCUGCCCAAGGGCGUGCUGCAGUUCUUCUUUAAGCUCGCCUUCAAGAGUAACGUGCAACAGACCAUAGGUCAUGGCUUGGGUCGCCACACAACGGAGGAGAUCAUUGAAUUCGGCAAAGAUGACCUCAAGAACCUCUCCCAGUUCCUGGGUGGAAAGUCUUUCUUCUUUGGAACAGAGCCUCAUCUUCUGGACUGUGUGGCCUUCGCCCACCUCUGCCAGUUCGUGUACGUGCCCUUCGGAGGCCUGCUGGAGUACAUGGAAUCCGACUGCGCUAACUUGCUGGCCUUCGUGGAGCGCAUGAAGGAGCGCUACUGGCCGGACUGGGACGAGAUCUGCAAGACCCUGGAGCUGAACACCCACCUGCCCAAGAAGGCCCCAGAGGAAGAGCCCGCCGCCAAAAAGGCGGAAGAGCUGGCGGCUGAUGCUACAGAGACUGACGCCAAGAAAGUCGAAGCAAAAGGGGACGAGGUAAAGAAGGAAGAGGUCAUCAAGGAGGAGGUGAAGAAGGUCGAAGAGGUCGUGGCAAAGGCCGUCGCGGAGGUCAAGGAAUGAGCCGACCCUUGCGGGGAAGCCUUAGUCAUCUCUCGUCUCGCUCUUUGAAGGAGGGAAACUACUAUCGCUGCUGCACGGACCGAACACGUCGGUUUCGUUUUUCUCAUUGUAUACUUGGCGCCGUCCCAGCGGAGACCACUCGCGGGCAGGCGCAUAGUGUCCUUUUGUGGGGAGGGGUUGGGACGCAGGGGGGUGCUUUCCCAGGGUUUGAGAGUCUACUAGGGCAUUACUGGUUCAGCAAGUCCGCACUGGUGUUGGCAGACCUGGGAAGGACGGGGGAGUUGCCUCUUGCGAGGUGGAGUAGAGAAGGAACUGAAGACAUCGUACUAUACUCAUGACCCACUGCUACAUACUCGUUGCGAAGGCAUGCAUAUUAUAUUAUAUCAAAGUUGUAAAUUUGCUCCAUGUUCUCAUCUGUCAUGCUCUCCCCUUCCCCCUUUUUUUAAUAUAUGUCUUCAGUUCUCUUUUCUUCUGCUGUAAAGAUUUUCAUUUCUUCCAUUUUGUACUUGAGAGGUCUAGACGCUACGGAAUUGCUCAAGACAAGGAGUUUUGGAAUGACCGUUUUACAUGCUGAUCCCGUCGGCGUCUCUUUAUAUGUCUUAGAUCUCGUACGGCAUCGUGUUUUUGCAGAUUAGGGGUUUUUAAUGGCGUUUUCUCCCCCCUGCUUGUGAACAAAUUUUAGACCUAUACAGUUUUUUGAUGUUGUUUGUGUGGUAUUGUACAUGCCCACAGCUUUUUUUCCCCCCUCCUGCGAGGAAGUUUUUGUAAUGCUCAUUUUUUGCUCUCCUCUUCCCUUCAAUGUGGAACUUUGUAUAAAUGAGACGACACAAAUUAAAGAGCUUGUGGAUGAAAUGAAAA